AUGUUGGCUCUUCGUACCCUCCCCCGCUUCUCGACCCGCGUCCUGCGCCCCACCACCCAGCUCCGAGCAUUCUCCUCCACCAUCACUUCCCUUAAAUCCAACACUUCAGACCCUUUUCCUCUCCCUCUGUCAGACCCCGAGCUCGCCGCUGCCAACUCUCGCUUGCCAGACGAUGCUGAAGACUGGCCAAUGCCCCAGCCUUUAGAUCGUACCGGCGAGGACGAAAAGACGCUGAGGGCGAGGCUGGUGUACCAGACGAGAAAGAGAGGGACGCUGGAGACGGAUCUGAUCUUGUCGACAUUUGCAAAGGACGAGCUUCCUAGGAUGACUGUGGAGGAAUUGAAAGAGUUUGACAAGCUGCUUGACGAGCCUGAUUGGGAUAUUUUCUACUGGUCUGUCGAGAAGAGGGAUCCUCCUCCCAGAUGGAAGGGCACAAAGCUGCUGGAAAAGCUCAAGAAACAUGCGAAGAACGAAGGCAAGGUGGUGCGAAUGAUGCCAGAGCUCACACAGCUCGAGCCUGCUCUGUAA